AUGUGUUCAUCGCCCCAAUAUCAGAAACUCCCCGGCUUCCAGGAGUUGUGCAAGGCCACAGGUCAAGAUGUACUCCUGGAGUCAAGUCCUGUCCAAACCUCACUGGAGCUCUUGGUUGAGCGUCCACACGAGCCCCAAACAACCGUCCCUGAGUCGCGGGGAUGGUUCAACGCCUCGCAGCCAGAGGUCCGCCGUGCCAUCCACACCUUGCAGCGCCUUGGACUCAGCCGAGACGACCUAUACGACACUGCCUUUGACAUCAGCCCUGACAGACCACUCUAUGAAGGCACCAAGUUGGAGGUGGAGCCUGUGAAGCCAUCGCGGUCAGGCCUCUCACACCAGACCGCCUCGGCGGUCAAACACUCUUUUGUCGAAAAGAAACGCCGCUUUCGCCAUAUGGAAUGGCAAACGACUCUGCAUCGUAUGUGCCCGGAGAAGGCACACGAGCUUGUCACCUCAGACCCCAGCUAUCUGGGCAUUGAUGAGGACAGCACCGACGACGGUGGCCAUACUGCCGCUAGCAAGAAGGGUAACAAGACGUCUUCAAAGAAGCCGGGCAAGGACGAGUCCUUUUGCGCUACGACAUACUCGCUUGCCAUUUGCGGCAUCGUCCUCCAGUCCGAGCACGAGGGCCGCAAGGCCGCCGAGUCUCGAGUCGCCUACCUGGAGAGACAACUUCGCAAGAGGAAGUUUGAGGACGACGAUAGUGCAUCGACCUCAUCUCGCUCGUUCGCCCGUGGGAGCUUCCCGCCUACUAGCCGACUUCCCUUGUCGCCGUCGCCCACACCUACUUGCUCAUCAUCGAGUUGGUGCCAUUGA